GAGAUGAUUCCAAGUAAGAAGAGCGCUGUUCUUGUGGAUGGCGUUGUACUGAAUGGCCCCACGACAGAUGCAAGAGCAGGAGAAAAGUUUGUUGAAGAGGCCUGUAAGCUAAUAAUGGAAGAGGUGGUUUUGAAGUCUAUAGAUGUCAACGAGAAGGUUUGUGAGUGGCGGCCCCCUGAACAGCUGAAACAACUUCUUGAUUUGGAGAUGAGGGACAUGGGAGAGCCACACCACAGGCUGUUGGAGCUCUGCCAAGAUGUCAUACGCUACAGCGUCAAAACUAACCAUCCAAGAUUUUUCAACCAGUUGUAUGCUGGACUUGAUUAUUAUUCCCUGGUGGCCCGAUUUAUGACAGAAGCAUUAAACCCAAGUGUUUAUACGUAUGAGGUGUCCCCAGUGUUUCUGUUAGUGGAAGAAGCGGUUCUGAAGAAAAUGAUUGAAUUUAUUGGCUGGAAAGAAGGGGAUGGAAUAUUUAACCCAGGUGGUUCAGUGUCCAAUAUGUAUGCAAUGAAUUUAGCUAGAUACAAAUAUUGUCCUGAUAUUAAGGAAAAGGGGCUGUCUGGGUUGCCAAGAUUAAUCCUUUUCACAUCUGCAGAGUGUCAUUACUCUAUGAAGAAAGCAGCCUCCUUUCUUGGGAUUGGUACAGAGAAUGUUUGCUUUGUGGAAACAGAUGGAAGAGGUAAGAUGAUACCUGCAGAGCUGGAGAGGCAAAUCUGGCAAGCCAGCAAAGAGGGAGCAGCUCCGUUUCUCGUCUGUGCCACGUCUGGUACAACUGUGUUGGGAGCCUUUGAUCCUCUGGAUGAAAUAGCAGACAUCUGUGAGAGGCAUGGCCUCUGGCUUCAUGUGGACGCUUCUUGGGGUGGCUCAGCUUUGAUGUCGAGGAAGUACCGCAGGCUUCUGCAGGGCAUCCACAGAGCUGACUCCGUGGCCUGGAACCCCCACAAGAUGCUGAUGGCUGGAAUUCAGUGCAGCGCUCUCCUGGUAAAAGACAAAUCU